UCAAAUGUCCGAUUUCGAUGUCGAUUUGGAAUUGGAGGGUGGCCCGCUCAAGGAUGACUAUGUCUUGGAACAGAUACAUUUCCAUUGGUGGUCAGAGCAUACCAUUGAAAAUGUCCGUUAUCCCUUCGAAAUGCAUAUGGUCCAUCGUAAUAAGAAAUAUCCCAAUAUGACUGUGGCAAAUUUGAAUAAGGAUGGUUUGGUUGUGAUGGGUGUAUUGUUCCAUGCCUCGUUGGAACGUAAUCGUGUUGUGGAUGACAUUUUGGCGGAUUUUGUUCCCAUCAUGAGUUAUGAACAGAUUAAUAUGCCCAUUAAAAUUAAGACAAAUUUCAAAAUGACCGAUUUGGUGCCAGCCAUUACUAGCUAUAUUACCUAUGAGGGUUCAUUGACCACACCCUCGUGUAAUGAAGUUGUAACAUGGAUCGUGCUGGCCGAAACAUUCCCCAUUGGUAUUGAUCAGGUCGAAGCCUUUAAAUCAUUGGAAUACGAACGCGGAAAAACACUGGCCAAUAAUUAUCGCGUCAUCCAAAAGACCAAUGAUCGGGCUGUUAUCAUCGUCACCAAUGAAUUCAGAAAAGAUUCAGGAAAUGGUUCGGCCUCAUUGAAAUCGACUGGAUCGGUGACAGCCCUGCUUGUCGUAGCUGGAUUAUUGUUUAAAUAUUUCAAUUAA